AUGUUGACGGCAGAGUCGGCGCGAAAGCGGAUGGGUGUCUAUCUGGAGGAUUGGGAUUUGUGUUUCGGAUUGGUGGAGGGAGCAUCGUUUCCUCGCUAUGUUGAUCUGGACACAGGUUUUCCCUCUAUGUGUGGCAGUCUGGUCCCUUCGCCGCUAUGCCCUCAUCCUCCUUCAACUACCUCGACGGUUCCUAGCCCUUCUCCACCCUUAAGUCCUACCCCUACGGUAUUUGCCUCCUUCAAUCUCGCUGAGCCCAUUGAAAGGGCAUCAGGGAGCGUCUCACGGCAUCGAUAUCGUAAAUCUCUAUCCCAUUCCGGGCCCGAUUCGAAUGCCACCCAUACGCCUCCUAGAAGCCUCAAGAGAAAGCCGAAAGCUCUCAACUUGAACAUUAGAUUCUUCCCGCGAACACCACCUUCUCCUCCUCCUACACCAUCUAAUCUUUCCUUAUAUUCUUCCUUUUCGGAUCUCCCAGAAUCACCAGAUCGAUCUGCUGGGGAGCCAGACAGCUUAGCCAAUGGUGGCUGUAUUUUUGGCCCUUUGAUAACACCUGUCUCUGCCACUGCUGUGCAUACACCCAUAUCUGCACCAGAAUCACCCCUUAAUACAGAAACUGGGAUUGAUUUGGGUGAAACGCGUCGAGACUCUAACAACUUCACAUUGCGCGCAAUCAGCAAGCAAAUCCGGCACAUCCCAUCCCGAAUUUUCUAUCAUAAUAAACACCUUUCUGAGACCAUUCAAACCACAUUUUUUAAUUUUCAAAAUAUGGAGGAUAUACCGCCUCCUCUCGUUCGCUCACAUUCUGUGGAUGGUAUCAGAUAUCGCACUCCAUCCCGCGCCCUCUUUGCUGACUUUGAGACCGCUCAUUCUUCCAUCACAUCUCGAUUCAACGGAGAAAAGGAGAAAUCCAUACCAUCAUCUCCAGACACAUGCGAAGCCCCAAAUAUGCCGCAAGAGUCAUCUUCCGUGGUUCAGGGAGUUGAUAAUGAUUGUCACAUCCCUAUCAAUGGAGAUGAAAUUGAGCCAGACGACAUCUCGAGAUCACAGUCUUCAAGAGUGUUUAUUCUCGAGGAACCGAAUGUAAAAACGAUUGCACGCGUCCGCCAUAGUCUUGAUAGGAAUCGAGUUACCAUUGCUCGUCAUGUCUCAAGAAGAUGGUCUUUCAGGACUCCACGCCGUCAUAACAGCCAACGCUCUCCCGUCAAACUAGUCAAACGCCGUUUGGGGUCUCAUAAUGGCCGCUUCCAGUAUCAUUUCCCCUACAAAUUGCGACGCCGCUCUGCCACCCUAUGGCCAGGUAACAAUCCUAGCCCCUACCAAUCAAAAUCGGACGGUAUUUGUGUCCAUAUCGAAAACUCGUCCACGUUAGACCCUAUUUCGCAGAACAUGAUUGAUAUGGCCAGCGAGAAAGAAAGGAUUUGCCGGCUUUUGAAUUUGAGCCAUAACGACAAGCCAACUGUUGAAACCGAACAAGCCUCUGUAGAAAACAAGGAUGUGAAUGCCUGCCGCAUUAAUGAAAAGUUCAUCGUCAAGAAAGAAAAUCAUGAACGUGUUUAUAUCCCUGAAGAAACCGUGGAUUCGCGUGACUCAACCCCUAGUAACCCUGAAGCUGAUGCACAUACUUUGGCACCUCCGAAUCCAUAUCGGCCAGGAAAUGGCACGUCAAGUCCAAACUUUUCUCGUCCAAUUCCACCCGGGAAAUGGUUUUCUCGCCGUUUUUCGCCAUUCAAGCCCAUUGGUCGGGCAAAUCCAACCGCACCGGAGCAGGGAGACAAGAAACAAGCAACUGUACAGGCGCCAGCUCGAGCCCAGUCAGAUAAAGAAGCACAGCGGGAAAACGAGCGUUCGAUUUUACGACUUUUAUCUCGUCAAUCAGAGUCUGUAAAUCGCGAAAUUGAAAGAGGUCUUUUUCAUGAUAGGUCAUUUGGCUCCGAUAGCCGAUUUGAUGACGAAGAAAUUAUCGAUUUGGGCCCAGGGAGCAGCCAAAGCUCAUCUACUCAACACUUUAGUCAACAUACAUCCUCCUCAAUCAAUUUUCCCUCUCCACUAAGAAUCUCAUCAGCUCCAACAUACCACUUAGCAGAGCAAAGAAGCGGAAAUCCUUUCUUUCAUGGUAGUCUUGGAACACAUUCAUUGAAUAGACGAAGUGAAAAUUUGUUUGGGAGAAAGAGAAAUGCACGUGUUGGUAUAAAUAAACAUGCCGAGCCGUUUGAGGGUGAUAACAUUCUAGAGGAAGAUGGGAUAGACCACGACUGGGAAACUGUUGCUGGAAGCCAACAGUUCACAAGUGGUAUCGCAACAGACCUUGGACAUGCUGAUACAGAGGGCAGUCUAGCUGAUUACUCCAGCUGUGGCAGCCUUGUUAGUGCACCAGCCAGACCACCAUUGCGGUCACCCAGAGUUUUCCUUCCCAGCUCUUCUCAUAAAAGUGAUACUGUCGUGACCCCAAACCAUGCAGGACGUUACUCCCACUACUUCCACAAAGACCCGGCUACGGGCCAAUAUGUCCUGCUGCCUAACACAAAUUAUCGACAUUCUGACGGUUCUCGUGUGAACGCUUUUAGUAAACCAGUUCCUGCCCUUAUUGCUUCAACAUCCAGGUGCCCAACACCUUUGCCUAACCAGUAUAAGCACCCGACGCCCCUUAAUGACUUGCAUACGAAUCCUUUUGUUUCUACUCCCCCUCCGCUACAAGAUCAGCUUGGUGAAGGAGAUGGGCGAGGAACAAAUGGCUCUCAGCCUGGCCCUGAUGACCGUAAGUCCAGCUCCCAUGCUAGUAUAGAGAACAAACACGGCUCCCACCGUGGUCAUAAGCAUGUACAACGCGACUUAACUACUCCAGUCGAUAUAAGAACGUCUUUCCAGCACUGGUUUUCUGAGAUUGUUGCAAGGGAUCCAGCCCUGCGAUCUUCCCAAGCUUCCACAGCCCCCCAUGCAUUUGGUCAUAAGCCAGGAAAUAUUGGACUUCAUAGCCCUGUUGAUGACGCAAACUCCAAUGAUAUUGCGGGAGUUUCUACAACAGCCACUGACAACAAUCCCAGCGCAAAUCCUUAUUCUCUGGAAUACCACCCUUGUUUUCGUCCGUGUCCGCCCACGAACCUCCCUCGCGUCGGCGAUCUCCCGAGAGAAAACUCGAAUGCGCCUUCACGUUCACUUUCGACCGACCAUCUUCUCCCCCCACCUCCCGCCGCGAAAUCGCCAAGUUCGCUAUACAAUACCAUUCGAUAUGCGCGCGAUCGCGUUCUAGGCAAUGGGCCCAAACAGAGGCCGUUGGAUAUAUCUAUUUCGCAAACUGAGAGUCAAGAACCCCCACCACGGCCUGCAUCCACGGGCAUCUUAGAGAGACACCUCCAGAGACAUGGCACCAGUCGAUCCAGCACGUUUACCUUGCGCUCAACAAAUCUACGAACGCCAAUGCCGGCGCGCCAUGACAGCACUCGCCAAUCGCAUAAACGCCCUAAGCCAGAUGAUCUUCUCCGCGAGCGUUUGGAGCAAAUGGAUCCGGCUCUCCUUGCGGAUUUCUGCUUACCUAGUCCGAAUUCCCGAAUUCCAAGAUCGACCUGGGAACCACGCCUGUCCCCGACUGGUAGUAACAUCGACGCGACUUUGACUAGACCCGCGACUGUAGUAACUGCUCCUCCGCCGUCGUGCUACGCCAUCGAUGAAGAAAGCGGUCUACCCACGGGCGUGCAAUUCGAUCACGCAGCGUUCCCCGAUACUCCACGUUUGAAUCCCACGCGCAAACGCGCCGUACCCACCAACUUGGUCGAGCAGCGCCGCCUGGGCCGACGAGUCAUUCUGUUCUCCUCACUGCUGGCGCCGAUUGGCUGGAUUCUUCUGGCCGUUAUUGGUUUUGGCGGCGGAGUGGCGAAUAUCCUGAUGCGCUGGAUUUCCGGCGGCGCUGUGGAAGAAUUUCAUGCGAUGGAGCUGCGUCUGGCUCGACGACUGAGCGUGGCGUAUGCGGCAACGGUGCUUCUUGUCGUCGUUGUCGUGUUGAUGGUGUGCUUGGUUGUCUAG